AUUUCCUGAAGAAAAAAGGUGAAAAAUGUGAACCAUGCAACGUGACUUCUGCGACCAAGGGAAUAUAUCUGUAUUUUAGAAUUAAGGCCAGGGAAGACCCGGAUUCUCUGCCUCUUCGGGAUGAACAGCUCCGGUUUUAUUUAAAAGUGCUGGCAAUCUUUGGGCGUUUGCCUCAUGUAAACGGUACACAUGCUGUGGACUCAAACGCUCUUAUUGCUAGCUGGUGUCUCCUAAUGUUUUGAUAACUCUAUUCAUGCUGGAGUUAUAAAAGGAGAGAAUUUAUAAAGUCACAAAGCACCUCCUUGAAAGAGGCAAUACUUUCUGUGUAGAUUGGAAACCGCUUGGGCUAACCGCUAGAUGUCGUUCCCACGAGCAAUGAUUCCAGUCACGGAGUUUAAGCAGUUCACCGACCAUCAACCUGCGUUCAGAGUACUGAAGCCAUGGUGGGAUGUUUUCACCGACUACAUAGCCAUCGCCAUGCUGAUGAUUGGUGUAUUUGGAUGCACGUUACAGGUGAUGCAAGACAAGAUUAUUUGUCUCCCGAAACGAACUUCACAUUAUAAUCUGCAUCCUGUUCCAAACCAAACUCUGGUCAACAUUUCUUCCAGUAAAUACACGACACCCACCCCGUCACAAACACCGAUGUCAGCUUCUACCAAUGAAAUGAAAGGAUUGAAGACUAACCUCGACCUCCAACAGUACAGCUUCAUAAACCAAAUGUGCUAUGAGCGGGCCCUGCACUGGUACGCCAAGUACUUCCCCUAUCUCGUCCUGAUACACACCCUGAUUUUCAUGCUGUGCAGCAACUUUUGGUUCAAGUUCCCCGGGUCCAGCUCCAAGAUAGAGCAUUUCAUCUCAAUCUUGGGCAAGUGCUUUGACUCUCCCUGGACGACCCGCGCUCUCUCCGAGGUCUCUGGCGAGAAUCCAGAGGAGAAGGACAGCAAGGGCGGUGAGGUGAACAACGCGGUCAAGGUAGCGCCAGGCCUGUCUGUCUCGGAGGGUAAUCUGGCCAAGACCCAGUCGCUGCGCUCCAUUCCCGAGAAGAUAGUGGUGGAGAAACCAGCCGUAAGUGCCCUGGACCAGAAGGAAGGUGAGCAAGCCAAGGCUUUGUUUGAGAAGGUCAAGAAGUUCCGACUGCAUGUGGAAGAAGGAGAUCUCCUGUAUUCCAUGUAUGUGCGCCAGACCAUCAUCAAAGUCAUUAAGUUCAUUUUCAUCGUGGUCUACAACAGCAUCCUGGUGUCCAAGGUCAACUUCAUGGUGGAUUGUGAGGUCAACAUUCAGGAGAUGACCGGCUACCGUAGGUUUUCUUGCAACCACACCAUGGCACACUUGUUCUCCAAGCUGUCCAUCUGCUAUCUGUGCUUUGUCAGUGUUUACGGCUUGACCUGCCUUUACACCCUCUACUGGCUCUUCUACCGUUCCCUUAAGGAAUACUCCUUCGAGUACGUCCGGCACGAGACGGGCAUCGACGACAUCCCCGACGUCAAGAACGACUUCGCUUUCAUGCUGCACCUCAUCGACCAGUACGACCCCCUGUACUCCAAGAGGUUCGCCGUCUUCCUCUCCGAGGUGAGCGAGAACAAACUCAAGCAGCUGAACCUCAACAACGAGUGGACCCCGGACAAGCUGCGGCAGAGGCUGCAGACCAACAGCCAGAACCGGCUGGAGCUGCAGCUCUUCAUGCUGUCCGGGCUGCCCGACACGGUGUUCGAGCUGACGGAGCUGCAGUCCCUGAGGCUGGAGAUCAUCAACAACGUGACCAUCCCGGCGACCAUCGUGCAGCUGGAGGGGCUCCAGGAGCUCUCGCUGUACCAGUGCUCCGUGAAGAUCCACAGCGCGGCGCUGGCCUUCCUGAAGGACAACCUCAAGGUCUUGAGGGUCAAGUUCGACGACAUGCGGGAGCUGCCCAACUGGAUCUACAGCAUGAAGUGCCUGGAAGAGCUGCACCUCCAAGGCACCCUGAGCCCCGACCUGUCCAAGAACAUCACGCUGGAGUCGUUACGGGAGCUCAAAAGCCUCAAGGUCCUGUGCAUCAAGAGCAACCUGACCAAGGUCCCGCCGUCCAUCGUUGAAACCUCCAGCCACCUCCAGACUCUGUGCAUCCAGAAUGACGGCACGAAGCUGGUCAUGCUCAACAGUCUGAAGAAGCUAACCAACCUGGCAGAGCUGAGCCUGGUGCACUGCGAUCUGGAGCGGAUCCCCCACGCUGUGUUCAGCCUGACCAGCCUGCAGGAGCUGGACCUGAAGGAGAACAACCUGCGGUCGGUGGAGGAAAUCAUCAGCUUCCAGCACUGCCGCAAGCUCGCCUGCCUCAAGCUGUGGCACAACAGUAUAACUUACAUCCCGGAGCACAUCAAGAAGCUGAGCAGCUUGGAGUGCUUGUACUUCAGCUACAACAAGAUCGAGGUGCUGCCCUCGCACCUCUUCCUGUGCAACAAGCUGCGGACUCUGGACCUGGGCCACAACGACAUCCGGUUCAUCCCGCCGGAGAUUGGGGUGCUGCAGAACCUGCAGGACUUCUGCAUCACGGGCAACAAGGUGGAGACCCUCCCUGAUGAACUCUACUUCUGCAAGAAGCUCAAGGUGCUGAGGAUCGGCCGCAACAGCCUCUCCAUCUUGUCGCCUAAGAUUGGCAACCUGGCACUGCUGACCCUGCUGGAGCUGAAGGGCAACCACUUGGAGGCGCUACCCAGGGAGCUGGGCGACUGCCGCUCGCUGAAGCGCAGCGGGCUGCUGGUGGAGGAUACCCUCUUCGACGGGCUGCCUUGCGACGUCAGAGAACAGAUGAGGGCGGAGUAGAGUGGAAGGUGGUCCCAGUCCCCGGCCCCUGCACUAACCCGGGGCUCCUGGAUCUUUCCUGAAGAAAUGUAGCUAAAAGAUACUGUAAGGCGUUUGCUUUCUUGAAGAUGGC